ACCUCACCUCACACCUCACACCACCCGUCACAACUAACUAACCGGUCGAACGAAAAGCGAGGCAAAAAAAUGUCCAGCGAACAAACCUCCCCCUCUCCUCUGCCCUCCUCCCCCACCACCACCUCCUCCCCCGUAAUCCUCUACAAACCGCCCAGCGUCCAGAAACUCCUCCGCACCGCCGCGAUAAAUCUUGUCCUGCCCUUCAUUAACGGUCUCAUGCUGGGCUUUGGGGAACUGUUCGCGCACGAGCUUGCAUUUCGGUGGGGGUGGGGGGGUACUCGGGUUUGUUUUGCUUUUUCCCCUCCUUCUUUUUUCCCCUUUCUUCCCAUGAUUCUUUGAAAUGUGGGGAAGCUUACAGGUGUGUCUGUGCUAGGUAUUUCCAUCUAGUCGUGUUGCGGCGCCGGGGGUUGAAGGUAGGGGUAAAGCAGAUGAUGGGCGGGGACGAGGGCGAGGGCGGGGAUAGGGCUUUGGGGAGGCUUACGGAUUUGGAGUAGGGAUGGGGUGAUUGCAAAUGGGGGAUGUAAAUACGGAGAUGGGAAUUGGAGCUUGGCCCCCCGCACCCUUUUUUUUUUCGGUUUGUUUGCUUGUUUUGUGUAGUGGAGGUUAUAUACACUUUUGCGGAAUGAAGCGGACAUUGAACAUUG